AUGGCUGACGAGGCGUACCAUGCCCUGUGGAAGUUGACCCCGGCGCCGGCGAUGGACACGCCCACAUUCGUGCGCAAGGCUACGGUCGAGCAGAGCGAUCGCGAGCGCGAGCGCGAACGUGAGCGUGCCGAACGCCACGAACGCGAACGCAGCGAGCGCGAGCAGAUGCAGCGCGAGAAGAGCGAGAAGCGCCGCAAGGAACUGAAGAGCACGCGAAAGGGCCGCCCCGCCGAGGACAACGUUCUCCGGCCCGCCAAGAGCGUCAACUCGCUCCAGCGCAAGAAAGAAGACACACCGCCAAAGGACACGCGGCUCCGUGCACCUGGUGGCGAAGCGGCCAACCUCCCUCCAUCGCCUUUCGGCCGUCCGCACUCCGCACACGCUUUCCGCGCUCUCGACUUCUCGCAGCUUCAGCCUCAACCCCAGGCCCGUCCCCGCUCCGCUCAGGCUCUGUAUGACUUCACACCGACCAAGGCGCAGCCACAAGCUCGCCCUCGCUCGGCCCAGGCGCUGCGCGACUUCUCCCCAGCGCCGCAGAGCCACUUCGCCACUCUCCCCUCCCGCGCCGCCCCAGUCGAGCGCACCCUUCGCCGCUCGCACACGACAAUAGCGCGCGGGGGUAUCUUCGACGGGCCGUCGAUCAAACCCGUCUCGGCGCACUCGAGCGCACAAGAUGCACACCUCGAUGCGCUCCGCUCUCUCGAGGGAUCGCAGUACCCCUUCGACUCGACCUGGCCCGAGCCCAGCGUCGACUUCCCCCGUUCCUUCGAGCCGGUCAAGCCGCUGAAGCCGUUCAACCUGGACCAGGCGCCGUUCACGACCGCACCUGUUGUCGAUGUUUCUCCCCGCCAGUGCCAGCCCGGCGAGGAAGAGGAAGGAGAGCACGGCCCCCACGGUCGUUUGCGACACAGCCGGUCUCGAGGGCUUAGACCGCCUCGCGACGUACUGCAAGCUCUACGUCGAGGCCGCGCGCCAAGCCGAGGUCGCCGGCCUGCCGACCCCAGCCUUCUCUAUCCCAGAGGACCUGGGCGUCUUCGCCGCCGCGACGUUCGCGCGCCCCGCCAGCGUGGCCGUGACGCCGACGCCGAAGCAGCGCACGGCGCUGCCGCAGCGCAGCUCGUCCGUGCGAUUGGCCAGUCUCUCCCUCUCCCUCGCCGACGCGAGCACGCGCGCCGCCUACGCGCCCACGCCGAGGCGCGCGCCAAGUAG